ACCCCUGGCGGCUGGAGUCGAGGGAAUUGGGCGCCUCGGGAGGUGGCACCGCCCCUCUUGUGGGCACAAGCUGGUUGGGGGCGGCGGGAGCCGAGCGGGGCCAGUCGCGCCAGGCAGCGUGCACAGGCGUGGACGUGCUGGGGUACGGCCGCGGGUGGCGCGAGAAGAACUGCGCCGAGACGCAGCAGGUAAUUGCUGCCAUGGAAACACAACUGUCUAAUGGGCCAACUUGCAAUAACACAGCCAACGGUCCAACCACCAUAAACAACAACUGCUCGUCACCAGUGGACUCUGGGAACACAGAGGACAGCAAGACCAACUUAAUAGUCAACUAUCUUCCUCAGAACAUGACACAGGAGGAACUAAAGAGUCUUUUUGGGAGCAUCGGUGAGAUAGAGUCCUGUAAGCUUGUAAGGGACAAAAUAACAGGGCAGAGCUUGGGAUAUGGCUUUGUGAACUACAUUGACCCUAAGGAUGCAGAGAAAGCUAUCAACACCCUGAAUGGAUUGAGACUUCAAACCAAAACAAUAAAAGUUUCCUAUGCUCGCCCAAGUUCAGCUUCUAUCAGAGAUGCAAAUUUAUAUGUCAGUGGACUUCCGAAAACAAUGACACAGAAGGAGUUGGAACAACUUUUUUCACAAUACGGACGCAUUAUUACUUCUCGUAUUCUGGUUGACCAGGUCACUGGCAUAUCAAGGGGUGUAGGGUUUAUUCGAUUUGACAAGCGGAUUGAGGCAGAAGAAGCUAUCAAAGGCCUAAAUGGCCAGAAACCUCCUGGUGCCACAGAACCAAUCACUGUAAAGUUUGCUAAUAAUCCAAGCCAAAAAACAAAUCAGGCCAUCCUUUCCCAGCUGUACCAGUCUCCAAACAGAAGGUAUCCAGGACCACUAGCUCAGCAGGCACAGCGUUUUAGGUUGGACAAUCUGCUCAAUAUGGCUUAUGGAGUAAAGAGGGUGGUGUAUUUUUGUGUACAACCUGGCUCCUGACGGCGUGUGUGUGUGUGUGUUUCUCCUAUUUUGUUUAGUAGGUUUUCUCCAAUGACCAUUGAUGGAAUGACCAGUUUGGCUGGAAUUAAUAUCCCUGGGCACCCAGGAACAGGGUGGUGUAUUUUUGUGUACAACCUGGCUCCUGACGCAGAUGAGAGUAUCCUGUGGCAAAUGUUUGGGCCUUUUGGAGCUGUCACCAACGUGAAGGUCAUCCGUGACUUUAACACCAAUAAAUGCAAAGGUUUUGGAUUUGUGACUAUGACAAACUAUGAUGAGGCUGCCAUGGCGAUAGCUAGCCUCAAUGGAUACCGUCUGGGAGACAGAGUACUGCAGGUCUCCUUUAAGACAAACAAAACGCACAAAGCCUAAUGAGCUCUUGUCCUCAGUCCAUUUAUAUAUGAAAACUAUACAACAAAGGCAAGUUAAGAGAAACUUUAUACAUUAGUAAAUGUCUUUGUAAGUCAGUGUUGAGAUGGGGA